AUGUUAAAAUCUGUUUCAGUUGAAAACGAAUGUUUGACGGGUAAGCAUGAUUGCGAUCCUAACGCUAUUUGUCGAGACAAUGAGCAAUCGUUCACCUGCGAGUGUGCGCAAGGAUACACAGACAGAUCACCCAACCGUCUCAAUCGACCUGGACGCGUUUGUAUUCAGCUGAUAGACGAAUGUGCAACUGGAAGACAUACAUGUAGUGCACAAGCAGAAUGCCGAGAUUUGGAGGAAGGUUAUACUUGUGAAUGUAAGGACGGCUUCAUUGAUCGGUCCCCGAAUUUGCUUACCCAACCCGGACGCGUGUGUGGUACACCAGAUAGUGCAUGUCGCGAUCCACGCUUAAACAAUUGUUCACGUAAUGCAAUUUGUUAUGAUGAACCAAAAGGAUAUCGUUGUGAAUGUGCUCAUGGAUACGUUGAUCGUUCGCCCGAUGGAACACAACGUGGACAUGUUUGUGAACCACCAGCACCUGCUACUCCUCCACCACGUACAUGCCAUCCAUGUCAAGACCCACUUCUGAAUGAUUGCCAUCCGGCUGGCACUUGUCGUGCAACUGGAGCGAAAACGUAUACGUGCGAGUGUUUGCAAGGCUAUGUGGAUCGUUCGCCAGAUAGCAAAAAUAAGCCGGGCAGGAUAUGCAUCCUAACGGAACCGAUUUGCCUGGAUGCGAGCCAGAACGAUUGUCAUCCAGCAGCAAUUUGCAGUGAAACAAAAACAGGCGACAAAUACACAUGUCGCUGUCGUGAUGGUUACAUCGAUCAAUCACCGGAUUUAGUAAAUCGACCCGGGCGUAUAUGCGUUGAGCAGGUGAAUGAAUGCCUUGAUCGUUCGUUGAACGAUUGCGAUCCACUGGCUGUCUGUCAAGAUUUACCAGAUGGUUACACGUGUCGUUGUCCGGUCAAUACCGAAGACCAAUCGCCGAAUCGUAAUAGGCCCGGGCGUAAAUGCUUCCAGCAAGUGAAUGAAUGUCGCAAUCCGUCACUGAAUAAUUGUUCGCGAUUUGCGGACUGUAUUGAUAAAGCGGAGGGCUAUGAAUGUCGUUGUCGAGAAGGCUACCAUGAUGGUAAUCCACGCCAUCCGGGCACCACCUGCAACUACAUAAUCAACGAGUGUGAAUCAUCGAACUUGAACGACUGCGAUCGCUAUGCAGAAUGCAUCGAUCUGGAAGGUGGUUAUGAGUGCCGCUGCAAGGAGCCUUAUCGAGACGAGUCA